AUGAUUGAUACCUCUUUCUCUUUGAAGUUUGGAAGGAAAGACUACAAAAACUCGAGCCCCAUAGAAAAAAAGAAGAAGAAAACUACUCUGGUAACUGGGUGGUCGGGAAUAGAUGUUGAAGAGCAAGCCCGAGAUUCGGACGGAACAUCAGGGGAAAGUCUCGGGCGGAAUGAAUUCCUGGCAAAUCUGAAAUCUGGGACGGCGAGGUCAUCUUUGUUUGACAACUUUCUGAAAGAUUUUCUCAAGGAGUCUGGGGCUCUAGAUUCUGUCAAGUUCUUCCCUCCGAUGCUUGCCGAUGGAAGAUCUUUGAAUUUGCUUAAAUUGCUUUUGGCCGUGAGGGAGAAAGGUGGGAAUGGUGUUGUGUGUAGGGACGGGUUGUGGAAUUCUGUUGCUGAAGAUUUGGAGUUGGACUCCAGCUUUGGACCGACGUUGAAAUUAGUGUAUGUUGAGUACUUGUUCGAUUUAGAGAAGAAGUUGGAGAGUCUUGUUGUCGAUAAUAAGGACUUGAACGAGAAAUCGAGAAAUAGUGGCGGGUGUGAGGUUUCGAUGUCUUCAGGGGAUAAAUUGAACGGAAUCUUAUCUGAGAUGCAGAAGUUGAAGUAUUCUGGAUUAGAAUCUGAUUGCAGUCCAAGUAUGGAAGCUGAUUCAGUUUAUGGCGAGCAAUAUUCUAGUUAUACGGACUCUGCAAGGAGUACAGUUGAUGUUGUGGAACCAAGGAAGUUGAUAGGGGAACCGGUGAAUAGGUUUGUAAUGGAUUCUUCUAUUUGUGGGGACAACAACAACAACCGCAAAUAUGUUGAUGAAAGCAUGCCAUCUGGUUCUACCGGAAGCAUGAAAGUUGGAGAUGAGGAGGAUGUCAAAAGUGCUGUGGUUGGAACAGAUGAGAUGGAUAAAGGGAGCGAUGACGAGGGUGCUGAUGACAUGGACUGCGAUAAGAAUGUUGUUGAAGAACCAGUUUCUUCUCGUAAGAGGAAACGAGGGUCGAAAUCUGAAAUGCUAAAUUGGCUUUACAGGAUUGCCAGAAAUCCCUGUGAUCUUACAGUUGAGCAAUUACCAGACAAGUCUAAGUGGAAGUUGUACGGGAGUGAAAAGCUGUGGAAGCAGGUUUUAUUGGCUAGGGAGGAAUUGUUCGAUAAGCGAGAUGUAAUGUCAAGUCCUGCUUCCAACGGGCAGGAAAACAGGAAGAUGCAUCCUUGCAUGUAUGAAGAUCACAUUGGAACCAAUUACAAUUUCAGAGAGAGAUCAAAAUGUAAAAAUAAUCUUGCCUCACCUGGGGCAAGAUUAUCCAAGAAAGGACACACCUGCCGGUCAUAUUCCUCUCUUACUACUCACAACGGGUCAGACUCUUACACGCAAGGAGCAUGUGGUGCUGGUGAUUCCUCUUUGGAAUAUUAUUCUUUCGUGGAACUUCCAGCAGAGAGCGCAAUCCCUGUGGGCCCAGCUUUUCAGGCUGCAGUACCAGAGUGGAUUGGUGGUGGCGUCGCUUCUGAAAGUGAAACAAGGUGGUUGGGUACUCGGGUUUGGCCUCCGCUAUCCCUGCCCAGCAAACUUAUCAUCGAGAGAGAGCCUAUUGGCAAAGGAAGGGUUGACUCGUGUGGGUGUGAAGUGCCAAAAUCAGUGGAGUGUGUGAGGUUUCACAUCAAGGAGAGAAGGCUGAAAUUGAAGCGUGAACUAGGGAAAGCAUUCUACGACUGGAGCUUCGAUAGGAUGGGCGAAGAAGUCAAAGCCAACUGGUCGGAAGACGAAGAGAAGAGGUUCAUGGCUAUAGUGGGUGGGGUCAAUCUCCCAUCAUCAGGUAGGUGUUUCUGGGAUGAGAUAAUCAAGCAGUUCCCUAGGAAGAGAAGGGAAGAUCUGGUGAGCUAUUACUACAAUGUAUGUCUCUUGUGCCGAAGAGCAUACCAGAAUCGGUUUACCCCCAGUGGGAUUCGUAGCGAUGAUGACGACAGCGAAGAAGAUGUAGACGAGUCUGGGUUGAGAGUCAAUGGUUCUUCUAGGCAUUCUGCAUCCAUCUUGGGCUCUGCAAAGAAGUCGAGGAAAAAACGGUGA